AUGGACGCGAGCUACCGGAAGAGGCUCACGGAGCUCAAGUGCAUAUACCGGUACAACUGUCCAGUUAUUCUGCUAACGGCUACGCUGCCAGUGCGGCUCGAGGCUUGGUUUCGGCAGGCGAUGCUCGUAGGGGACGCCGAGAUCAUCCGAGCAAGGUCCGAUAAGAAGAACAUUAGCUACAACGUCGUACAAGUGACGGGACCAGGGCGUAGCGCAGUCGAGGACGAGGUCGUCAAGCAGGUUAUCCGCAUAACUGGCCGCAUGACUGGGAAGCAGAAAGGCGUGAUCUACAGCAGGUCUAAGGCUAACUGUACACGGCUCGCCGAGCUGAUCCGAUGCGGGUACCACCAUAGCGACAUGAGCUUAUCAGAGCGGCAAGCGGUACUCGAGGACUGGGUUGAAGGUCGAUCAGAAACCCGCUGGGUAGUAGCAACGACAGGACUAGGGACCGGGGUGGACAUCGAGGGUAUCGUCGCCAUUAUCCACGCGGAGCAGCCGUACGGGCUUGUGGAUUUUAUCCAGCAGACGGGCAGAGGCGGGAGGAAGGCGGGGGAGGAGGUGGAGUCGAUCGUGGUGCUAGGUAGGGCGGCUGUCUACUAUGACCGGCAGGCGAGCGAUGUAGACCAGCUGAACCGGCAGGCAGCAGAGCGGUUCGUGCAGACGCCAGACUGCCGGAGGCUCGUGCUUGGGGCGUUCAUGGACGGCAUUGCGCAGGACUGCGAUAGUCUUCAAGCCGUGCGCUGUGACCGGUGCCGGCAACUUACAGAGGUACAGGCCGACGGACGAGAUGAGGUUGUCGGUAUGGGCGAAUGUAGCGAGGGUGGUACUACAGGCGACUGGCACUCCGCAGUAGCCGAGGUAGUAGACGACCGUCUUAGAGGAGAUAAUAAGGAGAGGCAGAGGAGGAUCCGGAAGUUGCUGGAGUGGGUAGAGUUGAUGGAUAGCAAGUGCGCAGUGUGCUACGUCAAGUGGUGUCACCAGGGCCGGGCAGAUGGUCGACAGAGGACUUACGAGCACGAGUUCCGGAGUUGCAAGGUACUAGGAGGAUCGGAAGCGUAUAUGGCGUGGCGGCGGCAGAUCCGGUUCAAAGAGUACACGUGCUGCUGGACGUGUGGUCUCCCGCAGGCUUGGUACCUCGUCAGCCACACCUUCGAGCUGGCUGGUACGCGGCCGAAUUGGACCAUCAGGGAGUCAACGAACACGACACAUCCGAGCGAGGGUCCAAGUGUGGUCGGAUCUGUCGACAUCGCCACAAUAUCAUCAAACGCUCAGCAAGAGGAUGCGCUGCUGUCAAUACUGCGAGCUAUGAACGUGAAUCCUGAAUGGGAUCAGCGCAACUGGUUCGACGAUGUGUUAAGAAGAUUGGGAGAGACGUGGCCGACGGAGUUCGCCGACGACAUGAUAGCCCCAUUCCUCGACUACACUGUCAGACUACUCGUCGACGCGCCAUUGGACUGGGCAAAGGAGAGCACCGUCAACGACGAGAGCGCGGCUACGUGCUCGCUGCCAUCGAACUGGCAUUGA